CUGUUGUUGCAACUUGCAUUGCAGCAGUAUAAGAGCACCGGCAGUCAAGAAGACAAUUGACAACAAUUUGUGGGUGUGAUUGUGAACGUGUUUAGUUGUGUCGUGUUUUUAAACAAAACGAAAACAUCACACAACAAAAACAAACGAGAAUGCCUGGAGCUGGAAAGCAAAUGACAAGAUCCAAAUCCCCAGUGCUUCUCUUACUUCUCGCUCUCCUCGCCCUCUCCCUCGUCUUCUUCCUCUUCUCCUUUCAUAGCCCCUCCCCCUCCGACGACCCCACCACUCUUCUUCACCCAAACCAUCAACCCAUUUACAAACCCGAAACCUCCUUCGUCGCCUCCCUCGACCGCUUCCUCCUCGCCCACAAAUCACCCCGACGCGAUGACACCGUCCUCCUUACAACGCUACCCCAGCACCAACCCAACCACCUCGACGAUCUCAUCUUCCAGACCCACACCCAGAGGUUGUACGCUGAUCCCUAUUACCCGCUCAGCCUGCCCAUUAGGGUUUACGUCUACGACAUGCCCACCAAAUUCACCUACGAUCUCCUCUGGCUCUUCAGAAACUCUUACAGGCAGACCUCCAAUCUCACCUCUAAUGGCAGCCCCGUUCACCGCCUCAUCGAACAGCAUUCCAUUGAUUACUGGCUGUGGGCGGAUUUGAUUGCUCCAGAGUCGGAGAGGCUGUUGAAAAGCGUAGUGAGAGUGCAUAGGCAGGAGGAGGCUGACCUCUUCUACAUCCCAUUCUUCACCACCAUUAGCUUCUUCUUAUUGGAGAAACAGCAGUGCAAAGCACUUUACAGGGAAGCUCUCAAGUGGGUCACCGAUCAGCCUGCCUGGAACCGAUCCCAAGGAAGGGAUCACAUACUUCCGGUUCACCAUCCCUGGUCUUUUAAGUCUGUUCGCCGCUUCAUGAAGAAUGCAAUUUGGCUGCUUCCUGAUAUGGACUCCACCGGAAACUGGUACAAAUCUGGACAAGUCUUUCUGGAGAAAGAUCUAAUUCUUCCUUACGUUCCCAAUGUUGAUUUUUGUGAUUCGAGAUGCAUAUCCGAGACUCAAUCCAAGAGAACCACACUGCUCUUUUUCCGCGGCCGGCUUAAAAGAAAUGCUGGAGGGAAAAUACGCUCAAAACUUGUAGCAGAACUAAGUGGUGCUGAGGGUGUAGCUAUAGAGGAGGGGACAGCAGGAGAGGGAGGAAAAGCAGCAGCUCAAGAAGGAAUGCGCAAGUCUGUCUUUUGCUUGAGUCCAGCUGGUGAUACUCCAUCCUCCGCUAGAUUGUUCGAUGCCAUUGUUAGUGGUUGCAUACCAGUAAUAGUUAGUGAUGAACUGGAACUUCCUUUUGAAGGAAUACUAGAUUAUAGAAAGAUAGCUUUAUUUGUUUCUUCCAGCGAUGCCGUACAAACUGGUUGGCUUUUAACAUUUCUUAGAAAUAUUCGCCCUGCUCAGAUUGAGGAAAUCCGUCAGAAUCUUGCCAAGUACUCAAGGCAUUUCCUAUACUCCAGUCCAGCUCAACCCUUGGGUCCAGAAGACUUGGUUUGGCGAAUGAUGGCUGGUAAGUUGGUGAAUAUCAAACUUCACACUCGAAGAUCUCAACGUGUGGUGAAAGAGUCGAGAAACAUCUGCAUGUGUGAAUGCAAACGUGCCAACUCUACAACCUCAGGUCACUUGUAAUUAUUUUCUACUGUGUCUCUUUCUCCUCUGGGCAUGAUGGAUGUAGGGCAGGGUGAUUCUAAUGUAUUCUUCUUGUGUUUUUGGCCGUAGUGAGAAGGUAUCUUUUUAUAGUGGAAUUUUAUGAAAUACUCUGCCCUUAUAUACAUAUAUAAUCGAUUUGCUUCUA